AUGAAAGAGUUGUAAAAGUACUAGAAGAAAGAUCCUAUAAAUGGAGAAAUUAUUAAAAAAUCUGCUACACUUAGUUUAACUCUAUUUAAUUAGGAUGAAAAUAUAGAUGUUAUUGAAGAAUGUACUGUUGUUUAUUCUUAAUAUUUAAGAGUAAAAGGUACAGAAACUAUUGAUAAUGCAAAAUAAGCUUGUGAUUAAAAUAAUUUUAUAGAAGCUUAAAGAUUAUUAGAUAAUAUGAUGAUACAAAUAUAGAAAAAUAAUAAUAAAGUAGUUUAUAAAUGUAUUGGAAUUAUUUAAGAUUUAAAUUAAGCUAAAUAAGCUUCAUAAAAGAUAUAAUAUAAUAAUUUUGGUUCAAAAUAACUAUGUUAAAUGAUUGUUAAUAAUUAUGCAUAAGGAGGUAUAAAUUCCAUAUUUACACUAAGAAAGCUUAAUAUUGAUAUUUAUAUUCAUUAUUUUAUAAUAAAAUCAUUAUAAAACUAUAUAAUUAUUGAAUUAUUCUAUUGUUGUCUAUAGUUUUCUCAUUAUAAUCUAUAAAGACUAAGAAAAGAAAAAUUUUUAGAUAAUUUAAAUGAACACAAUUAGAAAUUUUGGUCUAAUGAAUUCAAUGUUAUUGUUAACUUCAGAAUAUUUAGUUUGAAGUUUUAAAGGUAAAAUCAUUUUAAUUACAAUUCAUAGGAUUAUUCAGAAUUUUUAAUAUAUUUAAUAGAAUAAAAUCCAAUAGAAUAAUACUUUGAUAUUUGUUUCGAUUAUUCAUUAUUAUUUGAAUAUUUUCCUAAAAUGGCUGAUUCUAGGUAAUAAAAUGUAGGACCUUAUGAUCCUUGUAGUGUACCAAAGGGAGGACUUAAUUAGAAAGAAAGAAUAAUUUUACCUUUAAAAUUCAUCUGCCCUUCUGAUUGUGUAUGUUAAUCUAAAGUUGAAAGAAAUUGGCAUCAUAAAAAAUGUGGAAAUCCUUCAUUCAUUACUGAUUAUGGAGAUAUUUUAUGUAAAAAUCACUUAACAGAUUGUCCAGGAUAUUUUAUUAAAGACGCCUCUUUUUAAUGCAAUAAAGCAGCAGAAUCAAACACUUGGUAUCAACAUAAGAGCAUGUCAUAACUUUUUGAUGCUCUAUCAAAAGCUAUUUAGGUUGCAGAAAAUGAUCUUUCUGACGAUAAAGUGACACAAUUUUCUAAAAAUCUAAUUAAUCAAAUACAAACUAGAUGGUAUACCUGA